GAUUACACGAUAACAAUGUAUUUCCAACAAUACUGGAGGGACAAGAGGCUUGCUUAUUCAGGGAUACCUCUCAACCUGACUCUAGACAAUCGAGUGGCAGAUCAGCUCUGGGUGCCUGACACAUACUUCCUGAACGACAAGAAAUCAUUUGUGCACGGUGUCACGGUGAAGAACAGAAUGAUCCGGCUUCACCCGGAUGGAACAGUGCUCUACGGACUGAGAAUCACAACAACAGCUGCAUGUAUGAUGGAUCUGCGGAGAUACCCACUGGAUGAACAAAACUGCACGCUGGAAAUAGAAAGCUAUGGUUACACAACAGAUGACAUUCAGUUUUACUGGAGAGGUGGGGAUGACGCUGUGACUGGCGUACAUAAGAUUGAACUGCCACAGUUUUCAAUUGUGGAGUACAGGCUGGUGUCCCGCAAUGUUGUGUUUGCUACAGGUGCAUACCCAAGGCUGUCACUGAGUUUCAGAUUAAAGAGAAAUAUUGGCUACUUCAUUCUUCAAACAUACAUGCCAUCCAUACUGAUUACAAUUCUUUCCUGGGUGUCAUUUUGGAUUAAUUAUGAUGCUUCAGCUGCAAGAGUUGCUUUGGGAAUCACCACUGUGCUGACCAUGACAACUAUCAACACCCAUUUGAGAGAGACCCUUCCAAAGAUCCCCUACGUCAAAGCCAUCGAUUUGUACUUGAUGGGCUGUUUUGUGUUUGUCUUCUUGGCCUUACUCGAAUAUGCUUUUGUCAACUACAUCUUCUUUGGGAGAGGUCCACAGAUGCAGAAGAAAUUGGCAGAGAAGGCAACUAAAGGCAACAAUGGUCGACACAAGUACGAGGGCAAUAGGGUAAGAGAAAAUAUCUUUCUGGCAAGCAGAUUUCAGACUGAACUGAGGAGGAACUUCUUCACCCAAAGAAAACUAUAUUUAGAGAAUGAAAUAAAAGUGGGGGUGGAUGCCCAUGGAAAUAUCCUGCUGUCAGCCCUGGAGAUUCACAAUGAAGUUACGUCAACAGAGGUUACCACAAGUGUGACCGAAUCCAGGAAUUCAGUGAUGUCCUUUGACAACUCAGGAAUUCAGUACAGGAAACAAAGCACAGCCCGAGAAGGACUAGGCCGCAGCACAUUGGACAGAAAUGCUGCCCAGGCUAAGAAGAACCGUUUGCGAAGAAGGUCCUCCCAGCUAAAAAUAAAAAUCCCCAAUCUGACUGACGUUAACGCCAUAGACAGGUGGUCAAGGAUAGUGUUUCCAGUCAUUUUUUCUCUGUUCAACUUGAUCUACUGGCUGUACUACGUAAACUGA